AUGUUAUUCAAAUCCAUUAUUUCAUUAUUAAAUAAAUCAUCAAAUGUUGUUUCAUCAUCAAAAUCAAAUGACUGUAAUAUUAAUUCAUUUGAUUCAACAUGUAAUACUGUCUCAAAUAAGAGUUCAACAACAUUCUUUACAAGACCAAACUUUGUGAACUAUUAA